GAGUCUUUCCCACUUGGAAGGAAGAUUUCUUUCUGGGACAUCCACAGCCGGAGCUGGUCUACCUGUAUCUGAGGGAGAAUUUCCGAAGAGGAGGCUUGCAUUUCCAUCUUUUUUUAAUCACCUUUUCUAAGACUCAUUCAUGUUGUACUGAAUCCCUGCGGCUAAGGAUGAAGAUCAGGCUGUCGCUGGCAGCGGCUGCCUUCCUGGCAGUCCUCAUUUCCUCCGUUGAGGCUCAAGUUGAACCACCCUCAGACUUGAAAUUUGAAAUUCUAAAUGAGAACACAGUACAAAUGUCAUGGACGCGACCAUCAUCAUGGAUACAGGGAUACAGAGUACAAGUUGUGUCAGAAGACACAGAUGAAGCCGCAAAAGAGCUGAGCCUACCAUCCUCUGCCACACAGACGUCUAUCUCAGACUUGACACCGGAUGUAGACUAUGAGGUGACCAUUAUCUCCUAUGAUGGGACAGAGGAGAGUAUACCCAUCUUUGGCCAGAUCACAAUUCAACCCAGUGACACUACUGGAACACAUAAGAAGCCACGCAUUUCCAAUGCAAUCAAGUGCUCAACCAGCGCGGUUGCAGAUAUGGUCUUCCUGGUGGAUGGCUCUUGGAGUGUUGGGCGUGAGAACUUCAAGCACAUCCGUAGCUUCAUCAGCUCCAUGGCGGGUGCCUUUGAGAUUGGCUUGGACAAGACUCGGGUAGCCGUGGUUCAGUAUAGCACUGACACCAGGACAGAGUUUGACCUGAAUCAGUACGCCACGCGUGGCGAACUCCUCCGUGCCAUCAACACACUGCCAUACAAGGGUGGCAACACAAUGACUGGCGAUGCCAUGGAUUACUUGCUGAAAAACACUUUUACUGAGGCAGCAGGGUCCAGGAAGUCUUUCCCCAAGGUGGCCAUGAUUAUCACUGAUGGAAAAUCGCAGGACCCUGUGGAGGAAUAUGCCAGGAAGCUGAGGAACAUUGGGGUUGAGAUCUUUGUCUUGGGAAUCAAAGGAGCAGAUGAGGAGGAACUGAGACAAAUUGCCUCCAGGCCUCACAACACACAUGUCUACAAUGUCCCCAACUUUGACUUGAUCAAGGAAGUGCAGAGGAAACUCAUCACCCAGGUGUGCUCUGGGGUUGACGACCAGCUCAAUUCCCUCACAAGCGGGGAGGAAUUGGUGGAACCAGCAUCAAACCUGCAGGUUACAGAAAUCUCUUCCAAGUCAAUGAGGGUGAUGUGGGACUCAUCCCUCGGUGAGGUGACGGGAUACAAGCUGCAGUUGACCCCCAUGUUGGCAGGGAGCAAGAGGCAGGAGUUAUACGUUGGGCCUACCCAGACAGCAGUGAAUGUUCGGGACCUGUCCCCUGAGACUGAAUACGAGAUCAGCCUCUUCGCCCUCAAGGGCCUGUCGCCCAGUGAGCCUGUUAUGGCAAUGGAGAAGACCCAGCCAGUUAAAGUUUCAUUGGAAUGCUCAUUGGGAGUAGACGUUCAGGCUGAUGUCGUCCUGUUAGUGGACGGCUCCUACAGCAUAGGGCUGGCCAACUUUGCCAAAGUGAGGGCUUUCCUGGAGGUCCUGGUGAACUCCUUCGACAUUGGCCCCCACAAGGUGCAGAUCAGCUUGGUGCAGUAUAGUCGGGACCCACACACUGAGUUCGCCCUCAACACGCAUCAUGACCUGCCGGCGGUUCUGAAAGCGGUUCGGUCCUUCCCCUACCGCGGUGGCUCCACCAACACAGGCAGGGCCAUGACCUACGUCCGGGACAAGAUCUUCGUUACCACCCGGGGGGCCCGUACCAACGUGCCACGUGUCAUGAUCCUCAUCACCGAUGGAAAGUCGUCAGAUGCCUUCACUGACCCUGCCACUAGACUGAGGAACAACGAUGUUGAGAUCUUCGCUGUUGGCGUGAAGGAUGCCGUGCGCUCUGAGCUGGAGGCUAUUGCCAACCCACCGGCGGACACGCACGUCUACACUGUGGAGGACUUUGAUGCCUUUGAGAGAAUCUCCAAGGAGCUCACACAGUCCAUCUGCCUCCGGAUUGAGCAGGAGCUCCUCAAUAUCAAGAAGAGAAGUCUGCUCCCACCCAGAUCUCUGCAAUUCUCUGAGGUGACAUCCCGGAGCUUCAGGACCACCUGGGUCUCAGACUCAACUGACGUUCAGGGCUUCCUGGUCAGGUUCAGGCCUGCACUGGACGUGACUGGGGACUACAUCACAAUGUUUGUGCCGGAGGACACCAUGACUGCUGUCCUACCCCACCUCACCCCCGUGACCAAAUAUGAGGUCAACGUCUUCGCCCAGUAUGAGAAAGGGGACAGCUUUCCCCUUACGGGAGAAGAGACCACGCUGGAGGAGCAAGGACCAGUGAGGAACAUCAGGGUGUCAGAGGAGACAACAGACAGUUUCCGAGUGUCAUGGGCGGCAGCCCCAGGACCCGUCAUACGGUACCGCGUAUCCUACAUCCCAGUCAGCGGGGGCCAGGAGAAGCUGGUUGUGGACACUGUCGGCAGAGAGACUGACAUUGUCCUACGAGGCCUGUCCCCCAGCACGACAUACCAGGUCGGCGUAUUGGCUCAAUACAUGACCGGACUUGGCCCAGAAAUGGAGACCAAAGGGACCACCAAAGAAGUUCGGGGGUCCCCACGCGACCUGAGGGUCUUCAAUGAGACAGUAUCCACCAUGAGGCUGAUGUGGGAGCCAGCGCCUGGCCAGGUACAGCAGUACCGCAUUGCGUACAAACCAUCAGAUGGCGGCGAGAGGAAGGAGGUGACAGUCAAGGGCGAUAGCACUGCAGUUCUGCUGAAGAACCUGACGCCUGCCACCGAGUAUGAGCUGUUCGUCAGUGCCCGCUACGCGUCUGGCCUUGGAGACCCCCUCCUGGGACUGGGGACCACUCUGGAAGAGCUGGGCUCGCCUAAAGACCUGGUAACAGGCAAUGCCACGGAUACCAGUUUCGAUGUGUCCUGGACGGCAGCCCCUGGAAAUGUCAGAAGGUACCGGAUCACAUGGAAGUCCCUGUUCACUGAGGAGUCUGGGCAGAAGACGGUCCCUGGUGAUGUCACGGCCACGGUGCUGAAUGGGCUCACACCGGAGACACGAUACCAAGUGUCUGUCUAUGCCGCCUAUGGACGCGGAGAGGGGGUCCCUCUCGUUGGGGAAGAGACCACAGACGUUUCGACGGCUGCCAGAGCUCUGGUUGUGUCCGAGGAGACAGAAAAAACAAUGAAAGUGACCUGGCAGCCGGCGCCAGGCAACGUUGUCACCUACAGGGUGACGUACAAGCCCGUCGACGGUGGCCGUCAGCUGGCCUCCAAGGUGCCCGGCUCAGUCACCGACACCGUCCUACGACGGCUGCAGCACAUGACCACCUACAACAUCACGGUGCACCCCGUCUACCGGCGCGGUGAAGGAAAAGCAAGGCAAGGACUGGGAACUACACUGUCACCUUACAAAUCUCCCAGAAACCUCCAGACCUCAGAGCCCAGUAAGACCAGCUUCCGGGUAACUUGGGACCCUGCUCCUGGAGAGGUGCGUGGGUACAAGGUUAAGUUUCACCCGGCCGAGAAUGACGUGGACCUCGGCGAACUGCUCGUGGGGCCUUAUGACAACACUGUGGUUCUGGAAGAACUCAGAGCUGGAACAAAGUACACAGUGAAUGUGUUUGGAAUGUUUGAUGGGGGAGAGAGCAUGCCAUUGGCGGGACAGGAGAAGACCACCCUCUCGGAUGAUCCUGAGACCCCACCUUUCGGGGCAUCGGACAAAGAAUGCAGGACCACUGCUCAGGCCGACAUCGUCCUGCUGGUGGACGGAUCCUGGAGCAUCGGGCGGCUGAACUUCAAGACCAUCCGGGCGUUCAUCGCUCGCACGGUGGGCGUCUUUGAUAUCGGCCCGGACAGAGUCCAGAUCGGUCUGGCCCAGUACAGUGGCGAUCCUAAGACAGAGUGGCACCUGAAUGCCCAUCGCACAAAGGAGUCUCUGCUGGAGGCUGUGUCCAACCUACCCUACAAAGGCGGCAAUACCUUAACAGGGCUUGCUUUGAAUUAUAUCCUCCAGAACAACUUCAGACCUAAUGUUGGAUUGCGACCAAAGGCUCGCAAAAUCGGGGUGCUUAUCACCGACGGAAAGUCACAGGAUGACAUCGUCACAAACUCCCAAAACCUGCGAGAUGAAGGCAUUGAGCUGUAUGCUAUUGGCAUUAAAAACGCAGAUGAAAAUGAACUGAGGACCAUCGCCUCAGACCCGGAUGAGAUCCACAUGUACAAUGUGGCUGACUUCUCCUUCCUCCUCGACAUUGUGGACGACCUCUCGGUCAACAUCUGUAACAGUGUUAAAGGCUCAGGUGGGGUAGACCCACCCACUAACCUUAUUCUCAAUGAGGUGACCCAUCACUCAUUUCGGGCCACCUGGACUGGACCCGAAGCGCCUGUGGAGAAGUACCGUGUGCAGUACAUGACCCUGUCUGGGCAGCCCAAAGAGAUUUUGGUGGAUGGGACCGUGACCACAGCUGUUCUGGAGAACCUGAACCCUCUGACGGAGUACCUGGUCAACGUUUUUGCAAUCAUUGGAGAGGAGAGCAGCGAGCCACUAAAGGGCACAGAAACGACUUUGCCUCUGUCUGCUGUGAAGCGCAUGACAGUCUUCGAUGAACAGACAACCUCAAUGAGGGUGAGGUGGGGGCCUGCUGAUGGUGCCACAGGGUACAUGCUCCUGUACAGUGCCCGGAAUGCCACCGUGCCCACUGAUGAGAUAGAGAUGCGAGUUGGGGCUGAUGUGACUAAUGUCCAGUUGGAAAGUCUGAUCCCGGACACUGCAUACUCCAUCACUCUGUACGCCCUUCAUGGCGAAGCAACCAGCGAUCCUCUGGUGGACCAGGGAGUGACAUUGCCCUUGCCGCCUGCGGGUGACCUGAGGGUAAGAGACGUCACCCACAGCACCAUGCAGCUGGACUGGGAUGCCGCACCAGGAAACGUUCGCAAGUACAUCAUCACCUACAAGGCCGAAGAGGGAGAAGCCAAGGAGCUCGAAGUCCCUGGCCAUGUGAUUAGGAAGGGCCUGGAGAACCUCAUAUCCCAGACUGAGUACGAUCUUGCCGUCACCCCGGUGUAUGACGCAGGGACUGGCAACCCGAUGCUUGGACAAGCUGUGACUGGUGUCGUGCCCUCGCCUAAAAAUCUGAGGUUCUCAGAGGUCACCCAGACCAGCUUCAGGGCAACCUGGGACCACAGCGCCCCUGACGUAGCCCUCUACAGAAUCUCAUGGGUCAAGCAGGGUGACUCCAACUUACAAUAUGCCAUCCUAAACAACGACGAGAACACUCACUUGCUGGAGGGCCUGACACCUGACACCAUGUACGAUGUUUCCAUCACUGCCAUCUAUCCAGACGAGUCAGAGAGCGAGGACCUGAUGGGCAGCCAGCGCACAUUGUCCGAGAUCAAACUUGAGCCUCCUCAGAACCUGCAGGUGUACAAUGCCACCACCACCACACUGACGGUGAAGUGGGACCAUGCUCCAGGCCCAGUCCAGAACUACCGCAUCACUUACGAACCCAUGGCUGGGGGAAAAACCCUGUCGACCCAAGUUGGGGGGAGGAAGAACAGCGUCAUCCUGCAGAAGCUGACCCCAGACACACCCUAUACCAUCCAUGUGACAGCUCUGUACCCUACCGGCGAGAGCCCAGAUUUAUCUGGCCAAGGAAAGACCAAACCUCUGGGUGGAGUGAGAAAUCUCCAGGUCACUGACCCCACCACCAGCACCCUGAAGGUCACAUGGGAGCCCGCGGAAGGGAAUGUGCGCCAGUACAGGGUCUUGUAUGUUCCUGCCAAAGGGGGACCCGAGGACAUGGACCAAGUCUCUGGGAGCACGACCACAACUGUUCUGAGAAAUCUUCUCCCGGACACAGUCUACACAGUCACCGUGGUGCCUGUCUACCCCUCAGGGGAUGGCAAACGGCUCUCUGAAAAUGGAAAGACACUGGAUCGCACGCCUCCCAGGAACAUACAGGUCUACAACCCCACAACAAACAGCCUGAACGUCCGUUGGGAGCCUGCCUCUGGAGAUGUCCAACAGUACCGGGUCAUGUAUGCUCCUCUGACUGGGACGAGGCCCUCUGAGUCUGUUCUGGUGCCAGGAAACACCAACACUGCUUUCCUGGACCAGCUCAUCCCCGACACACCAUAUUCUGUCAAUGUUGUGGCCCUCUACCCUGAUGGCGAGGGACAGCCAGUGUCAGAUGACGGCAAAACACUGCCGCGUAGUGGCCCAAGAAACAUGGUGGUGUUUGACCCUACCACCAGCACUCUGAGCGUCAGCUGGGACCAUGCAGAUGGGCCUGUUCAGCAGUAUCGUCUCACCUACGCCCCCACUACCGGGGACCCCAUCGAUGAGUUUACUGUCGUGCCCGGGAAUAGGAACAAUGUCAUCCUCCAGAAUCUGCAGCAUGACACACCGUACAGAAUCAAUGUGAUGGCCAUCUACCCAGAUGGACAGGGUGGAGAUCUGAAUGGAGAUGGACGCACAGUGGGCCUUGAGGCGCCACGAAACCUGCGCGUUUCCGAUGAGUGGUACACCCGCUUCCGUGUGUCCUGGGACCCUGCUCCGUCAAGGGUUGUGGGAUACAAACUGAUCUACCAGCAAGCAGGUACAAAUGAGCCCAUGGAGGUGUUCACCGGCGAUGUUACCACACACAUCCUUCAGAACCUGAAACCAGGCACAACCUAUGACCUCAAAGUCUUGGCUCAAUACGAUGCUGGCCUAAGUGGACCUCUGCCUGGACAAGGAACAACAUUGUACCUGAAUGUCACUGGCCUGGUGACUUACAACGUUGGCUAUGACAGGUUCUGCAUCAGGUGGACCGCUCACAGAUCUGCCACCUCUUACAGGAUUAAGCUAAACCCAUUUGACCCAUCCAGCAAAGGAGGACAGGAAAUCACCGUCACUGGGUCUGAGACCCAGUACUGCUUUGAUGGCCUCUCUCCGGAUGCCCUGUACAAUGCCACCGUUUAUGCCCAGACCCCUAACCUCGAAGGACCAGGAGUUACUGUGAAAGAAAGAACCUUGAUCAGGGUCACAGAGCCUCCAACAGAACCACCCACUCCACCUCCUCCACCCACAAUUCCUUCUGCCUGGGAAGUGUGCAGAGGUGCUAAGGCUGACCUGGUGUUCCUGAUCGAUGGCUCGUGGAGUAUCGGCGACGACAACUUCAACAAGGUGGUGCAGUUUGUGUUCAGCACCGUCGGCGCCUUGGAUGUUAUCGGCCCCACAGGAAUGCAGGUGUCUUUCGUGCAGUUCAGCGAUAACGCUAAGACGGAGUUCAAACUGAACACGUACCAGAACAAAGGAAUGACCCUGGCUGCUCUUCAACUCGUCCGCUUCCAGGGAGGAAACACCAAAACAGGUAUUGCUCUGAAGCAUGUCAACGACAAAGUCUUCACCUCUGACAGCGGCAUGAGAAGGAACGUUCCAAAGGUCCUGGUUGUCGUCACUGAUGGCCGUUCUCAGGAUGAGGUCAAGAAGAAUGCCGCCACACUGCAGCAGUCUGGUUACAGUGUGUUCGUUAUUGGCGUUGCCGACGUUGACAUAAACGAGCUCCGGAACAUCGGGAGCAAACCCAGCGAGCGCCACGUCUUUGUAGUGGAUGACUUUGAUGCCUUUACCAAGAUCCAGGACAACCUCAUCACAUUCAUCUGUGAAACUGCAACAUCAACUUGCCCUUUGAUUUACUUGGAUGGAUUCACAUCGCCAGGCUUCAGAAUGCUGGAGGCCUUCAACAUCACAGACAAGACCUUUGCUGCUACAAAAGGAAUAUCCAUGGAGCCUGGCUCCUUCAACAGUUACAUUGCCUACAGGCUCCACAAAAAUGCCUACCUGAACCAGCCCACAAAAGAGGUUCAUCCAGAGGGCCUUCCGCCCAGCUACACUAUUAUCCUGCUCUUCCGCCUGCUCCCAGAUACGCCAACGCGGGCCUUUGACAUCUGGCAGAUAGCCGACAAAAACAACAAGCCUGAAGUCGGCGUCACCGUGGACUCCUCCAAACAAGCGCUAAGCUUCUACAACAAGGACACCAGGGGUGAGGUGCAGAAGGCCACAUUUGACAAUGAUCAGGUCAAGAAGAUCUUCCACGGGAGCUUUCACAAGCUUCACAUCACGGUUUCUCCAAAGAGUGUCAAGCUGAACGUGGACUGUCAGGAAGUGGCGGAGAAACCGAUCAAGGAGGCCAAGAACGUCUCCUUGGAUGGCACUGAAGUUCUGGGUAAAAUGGUGGGAGGCUCCAGGGGCGAAUCAGCAACAUUCCAGCUCCAGAUGUUUGACAUCGUCUGCAGCUUAGGCUGGACAAGCAGAGACAGAUGUUGCGACCUGCCAUCGACGAGAGAUGAGAUGAAAUGUCCAUCCCUCCCCCACUCCUGCACAUGUGCGCAGGACAGCAUCGGACCCCCGGGACCCGCUGGACCUCCGGGUGGCCCUGGAUCUAAAGGCCCCAGAGGAGAAAGGGGAGAGUCUGGCCCAUCAGGUCCUCAGGGUCCGAGAGGAGAGCUGGGAUUGCCAGGACCAUCGGGGCCCCCAGGCCCACAGGGUCCCAGUGGCUUGUCCCUUCCCGGAGAGCCUGGCCGCCCUGGACCUAAAGGAGAUGCUGGCGAUCCAGGAUUACCGGGACACGCAGGAGUCCGUGGAUCUCCUGGUUCUUUAGGUCCAAUUGGACCCAGUGGCCCAAGAGGACCCCCAGGAAAGGAAGGGUCUUCUGGACCAAGGGGCCCAUCUGGACCAAUGGGAAAUCCAGGAAAUCCUGGAAUGCCAGGACCCUCAGGGAAACCAGGGAAGUCUGGAGACACAGGGCGCCCAGGGAACCCUGGAAUAAAAGGAGAAAAGGGUGAAAGGGGAGACUUUGCUACUCAGAACAUGAUGCGGUCCAUAGCCAGACAAGUGUGUGAGCAGGUGGUCAAUAGUCAGAUGAGCAGGGUCGAUAUGAUGUUGAACCAAAUCCCCAAUGGUUACCGCAGCAACAGCCCCGGGCCUGCAGGCCCUCCCGGGCCACCUGGCAGCGAAGGUUCCCGUGGAGAACCAGGUCAAACAGGACGCAACGGCUUCCCCGGAAACCCGGGCUUACCCGGUCCUCCGGGAGAAGCAGGACCACCUGGAGAGAAGGGCGAGAGAGGUACCCCAGGACUCGGAACACGAGGACAGAGAGGUCAAACUGGACCACCUGGCCCACCAGGCGAGUCCCGGACCGGCCCUCCAGGACCCUCCGGCUCCUCUGGGCCUCGCGGGCCACCUGGUCGCAACGGCUCUCCUGGGGUCCGGGGCCCACCUGGCCCGUCUGGCUACUGCGACUCCUCUCAGUGUGUUGGCAUUCCUUACAAUGGAGCAGGAUAAGCACCAUGGAUGUGGUUACUCAACAUUGCUGACCGUCACAUAAGAUGGAGGAGACUGCCACUAACAACACUUUACAGCUAAUAGACAAGCAACAGCGAUGGCAACAUAGUGGCCUGUUUGCAUCUUGAACCCAAAACACCGAACGGAAAGAGCGAGAGCGUGAGAAAGAAAGCCUCAGUCGGCGAUGGAGCAUGCAAAACUACUAACAAGGUGGAUUUGUAAACCAAAAGAAAAAAACAAUGACAUUAACAUGGGAUUGAAGAGGUGAUAUCUGUAAAUAAAACUAAUUGUGCCUUGUAAAUGAUUCCUGAAUCACAUCCACUAAAAUCAGUUUAACAUCUAGCUUGUACCUUCAUAACCUGCUGCUUGCUGACUGCCAGCAUAACCUCUUUCCCCAAAGAUUAAAAUGUUUUUGUAUUGCCUCUGCUCUGGCCACAUCAAAGCAUGUAACAUUUGUACAUGGAAACAAAUAGUUUUCUUUCUGAUUUUGUUUUUCUUAUAUUUGCUCAUUUCUUUAUGUUUUUGCUCUGUUAAAUUGGUUCCUCCUGUACCUCGAAGCUAUGAGGGCAAGCACCAAAUAUCACAAAUGUAUAGAAAGUUUGUUGUCAGAAUUCUCAAUUGAUUUCAAAAAAAUAUAUUAUGUUGUAGAGGAACAUACAGUAUUGCGUUGAACAUGACUAGGAGUACUAACAGUACCCUUUUAUUUUUUUUGUAAAACUAUGUCACUUAAUUGAACCCAAGGAAUGUAUUAAAUACAUAACUGUUUUUUAAUGUUAUGUUUAAAAAAAUAGUGUACAAUAGUGUACACACAUAGUAUCCCAUUAUGCCCACUAGAAGAAGAAUCUGAUGUGGUUAACAUUGUUUGCUUAUAUGUUCUUUGGUGCCUUAUUGGGAAAUGAAAGUUUGUAGGUGGAAAUAAUGUAAGCAGAAACGUGCAGGUGUUAUCUGUUAAUGGCAAGUUGCAGACUCCAGACUGAAUUCCUGUUGAAUUGGCCACAAAAUAUUUCCAACCAGACCCUUACCAGCCCAGGCCAGAUCCCCAUGUAGUCCCAAUGCCAGAGGAGCUGUCCGAAGACACUGACGCAGAAAUACAAUCACCCGGUUAUUCGCGAAACCAGCGUGGAAAGAGAUCGCUAUGAAGACUGAAGCCUAAAACCAUAGCAACAUAAAAAUGGGGCUUGGAGUUCCUUUAAAAUCAUUCCAAAUCACAUUUUCUAUUUUUGCAUAUGUGCUUGAAAUAAGGGAAAUUACCACACAGACUUGCACAAAUUGGCUGGAAAUUAGCUGGAAUUUGUAUGGAAGGGGGGAAACUUUUUUUUACCGAUGUUUGCCAUCUGUCCCCUUAAGUGUCUUUGCUUGUAAUAUAACUGCAGUGUUUAUCAGAAUCCGAUGUUUAAACCACUCUUGUAAAAAAGAAGGAAAUUUGCAUUUGAGCAUUCAUGGAGCAAAGCCAACUUGUAGCACAACAGUAUUCAGCAAUAAAUGGCAAUCUGUGUUCAUCAAAGCCCAGAAGUGCCUUCCUGUAAAGUAUGUUGUUUUAUUGCCAUUAUGUGUGUCUUGCUUUUUUCAUUGUUAAUGAAUCCAGACCUGAAUUUAUCGACAGUACUCCAAACUCCAUUACAGUAGCUAAAUAUGGCUUCCAUUGUUAUUUUAGACAAAAUAUUUAUCUGUUUUAUUAUUCCAACUCACAGCUGAUUUUACCAAGGGUGGAAUUGCAUGUCUGUGUUGUAUAUUUAGUGAGGAUUUUAAAAAAAGCAGAAUAUAGUUUUUUUGUUUUGUUGUUUUAUCAAUAUCUCAUGCAGUUGGAAUUUGUUUGCAAGACUAUGGAUAUAGAAUUGCUGUUUUCAUGUUUUAACUGCAGAUUGUGAAUUUCAUGGCCUUAUUUCCUUAUUUAUUUCUGAAACGUAAGAGGCAUUUUUCAAUAAAACUACUGAAAAUGUA